CGGGCGCAGAGCACGCGGCACCGGCGCGUCCUCUCCUCCUGCUCCGAUCUCUCUGCCCAGCCCCGCCUGUGCGCUUCGCUACUACGCUUCCUCCAUGCAUCCCCUCAGCCAUGUACGCCUGUAUUUGAGAAGACAUUAGCGGAGUUGAAUCCAGAAGAAGAGCCGAAGAGUUAUCUUAGCCACAGCCAGGUCGCCCGUUAGUUGUUCGCGGAAAUGUCCCUCCGCCAGCUGCUUCACCAAACGCGUCCGUGGCGCGCGCUUGAGCAGCCCACGAAGAUGUCUUGUCUCCUCUCCAUCUUCCGUGCGCUCUCCAUUCUCCGUUCUGAAGGCUCGGCUGAGCCACUGCGCAGAUCUUCAUCUGUGCCAGCCCCGCUGCCAAGAAGCUUGCCUUGCUCCAGCUCUGACCCCCUUGGCCCCAGAUUCAGCAUCGACGUGGUCGACUCGGACCAUUGGCCCUCGUCAUUUGACUUGUUGUCCGACGCUGCACGGAGCAAUGAAUGCCCAGAUGUCUUCGAGCAACGUGAGGAUGAUGAACUGCACGACUCUGAUGAUGAGAUAGAUGACAUGAGGCAUCGAAAGAAGCUAUUCUACAAGCUGGAUAGGGGGUCUAGAGAGUUUGAAGAGAACAAUGUGCUGUUACGCCGCAGGAAGAGAGACAAAACCAGUGCAAAGAACCCAAAGGAGUGCAAGGAGGCGCAGCCUCCCAAGUCUGUUUCUACCAACGUUCCAAAACUGAAGGAAAAGCGUUCUAUGCGUGUGGACGACUUGGUUGAGGUGAAGCGCGAACGGGUGCCGACAUUCAACCAAAUGACGGAUCCUUACCACCACCCUUUCUGUCUAGAUAUACAUGUCACAAAGGGAUCAGUGCGUGCUUGCUUUGUGCACAGAGUGACCAGCCGGGUGGUGACUGUUGCACACUCCAUAUCGAAGGACAUGAAGUUUGAUCUUGGUUCGAAGAAGGGUAAGGGCAUGAAGGCGUGUGUGGCAGUUGGGGCAUUGCUUGCGAAGCGUGCAAUAGAGGAUGAUAUUCACAAUGCAAUCUAUACACCAAGGAAAGGGGAUAGGAUUGAAGGGAAAAUUGAGGCUGUGUUGUGUGCAAUAACCGAGAAUGGAGUUGAUGUGAAGGUGAAACUGAAGCAAAGAAAGCCGAUAAAGAACACACACAGUAUGAGCAGUCCUUCCGACGAUUCAGCUGUUGGUCGACACAACUCCUAAGCAGCAUGACCCUGAGUGCCUUUCUGGUUCGAAUGUCGUCUUAUUUUAUUGCAUGCAAAACUGACAGGGGUACAGGCAACUGAAGGAGACGUAGAAGUAGCCAAGAUGGUCCCAGCAUUCUUUGUUUCAUGUGCUUAUCCAUCGUUUGUGUGUAUGGGUAGUUCCUGACUGCCUGUAUCAAGUUCUGAAUAGACCAUCUGUACGCACUGCC